AAGUGAACAACAGGGGCCUGCAGGGACUCUGGGACCAGUCUGAGAGACCCCAGGGGAUGAAGCAGCAAAGAGUAGCCACAGGAGUAGAAGAACUGAAGGUUGCAAAAUCUUCAGAAACAUACAGAGGAAACAAAGCAGUGGUCUCCAUGUUUGAGCUGAGGAUGUCUCUGCAGUCUCUGAUGGUGGCUCUGGCCUUGGUCCUGAUCUUCGUGGGUCCAGGCCUUGGCAUGGCAGCCCCUCUAGGUGAACCAGAUGAUGAAGCUUUUGACAUGGAGAACUACGAUCUGAACAGUGAGACAGACUGGGAGAACCUGGACAUCAACAUUUAUGGAGACAGUUAUGAUUAUGAUGACUUGGACCAAGAGAUUGAAGUGGGCACUGUAGCUCCAGACACUCCUCCGCCUGAACACCACGAGGAGGAGGUGACCCUGCCCAGCCAGCCCACCCUGCCUCCAGCUCCUGUCACCCUGGACUUCAAGGGACCAGGUCUGUUUGGCCCUGAGACUGGACUGGGAAUGCCUACCUGCCUGCUGUGUGUAUGUAUCGGAGGGAGUGUGUAUUGUGACGACGCCGGACUGGAUCAGAUCCCACCCCUGCCCAAAGACACCACCCAUUUUUAUGGACGUUUCAACAAGAUCCGACACCUCAAGAACACAGACUUCAUCAACCUCAAUAAGCUGCAGUCCAUUGAUCUAACUGGGAACCAGAUCUCAGAGAUGGAUGAGGACGCGUUUCGCUCUCUGCUGCACCUCCAGCAGUUAUUGUUGGCUGAUAACAACCUGCAGAUGAUUCCUGAGCUGCCAAUCACCAUGAAGCGCAUUGAUCUACGCAACAACAGGCUGAUCAGCCAGGGGAUGCACACAGAGGUAUUCAAGGAUAUGAGCCAACUAGAAUUCCUCUAUCUGUCCAAUAAUAACUUGGAUUACAUUCCUACUCCACUGCCACUGAGCCUGAGAGUGUUACACCUGCAGAACAACAACAUCCAGUCUCUGCAUGAGGACACCUUCUGUAACCACCAUGACCGCAAGUUUAUUCGGCAUAACUUGGAGGACAUCCGUCUGGAUGGUAACCCCCUGAACAUUAAUCUGUUUGCUCAGGCCUAUAUCUGCCUGCCACGCCUGCCUGUAGGGAGUCACUGACAGCUGCCGGACACCAGGCUUGAAAACACACUUAAAAAAACACACAAAUAAUACUAGAAUAAAAACUGUUUAGCUGUAAUAUCUAUAAUAUAGAUGACGUGGAAUUUGAAGGCCAUACUGAUCCAAAUGUUUUAAACACUCAGCACUUUGUCUACAUAUUCAAUGUCAAUUUUUAUGCCAAAAACAUGUAAAGUCUGUGGGAAGAAACAGCAUGACUGAAACUGAUAUCUUUAAAGCUGCAUUAAUUGUUUUUUUGGCCACUGGUGGGCAGCAAGACAAGCUGAGGACCACAACAGUGACAUAUUAUCACCUUAUAAAGUUGUAUAUGGUUAACAUGUUGGCAAGUUGCCUAUUGACAACCAGAGACACAAAGCAACAUCAGCAUUCAUUGCUAGGACACAGUCCUGCUUGUGUCCUGAUGAACAGAUUAACUGCUAAAUAGUCCACUAUGUUCACCAGCUAGUCACUAACUCUCUGUCUGCUGUUUGGUGUUGAGUUAUUCACUGAAAACAGCUACCUGCUGUUGCAGCAAAUGAGGUUCUUGAGAGUUGAGUUUAUGGGCCUGAAUACUGAAACCAAGAGCAGAAAGAGGCUAAAAAGCUUUGAGGGGAACUGUAGUGUUGGUGAUAAUUCUCUCUGGGUUCAUUCUUAUAAGUAACCUUUCACAUUAAGCAGUCUUUGAUUUGUUGUUAGUAUAAAAAUAUUAAUUAAUGCAGCUUUAAUUAUUACUAUUUUAAUGUGGGAAGAAAGAGAAACAAGUCUCCCCUUUUAACCAUCUGAACCCUUGACUGUUUUUGCUUAGUUUUCUCGCCUAGGCCUUUAUUUGCAGGCAUAUGGCAUAAUUGUUACAUGAACAUUUCUUAGCCCUGUUUAUUAUACAUUAUCCUUUAUUUCUUUAAAGAAUAUGUUGGCCUGUUCAGAAAUACCAUCAUAUAGCAUGUCAAUGAUAAACACAUUUUCCAGGUCAUCUUUUGUGAAAAAAUGUAAUUGUUCUUUUUUCUGAAUGUUCACAGGUUUUUAAGACAUAACCACAAACAACUGUAUAUGAAUGGAUAGAUGAGUGUAAAAAUUGGAAUGAAAUGCAUUGAAUAUGUAAAAUGACAUAAUACAGAAUUUCAUGGAUUUUGUCACUCCUGUUCUUCUUGUUAUUUCCAUUUGGAAAGAAUAUGUUUUGAGUUUUGGCACUGCAUAUCCCAUGACGGGAUGGUGGGUGGGUGAUGCAAACAGGAAGUGCAAUGUGCCUGGGAUGUAUUUGGCCCAGGGGAUGUAUGCCAGGUCCUCCAGCAAGAUGGCAGUGUAACCGGAUAAUGGGCAAAACCUCCUUUACAUUUAUUUAGGAAAACAGCAGCUUAAAGUUUAUUUACACAAGUUUAUACAGACUCUCCUACUCAAGAUGAUUUUUAGAUCUGUUUUAAGCUUACUUUAACAAAAAAAGUGUAAUCUUCGAUAUUCUGAAUCUGAACCGAAAAUUUCAUGGCUCUCAACAACAAAUGCAAAUCUACUGCCACAAACAAAAUUCCGACAAAGACCCCCAGCAAGUGCAGAAAUGCUUAUGAAAAUAUAAAAAUGCAAUAAAUGAAAGAGCUGAUGGUCUACAGGCGGAAAAAUGGCAGAAACAAUCAACAGGGUGGACAAAAUAGAGCUAAAAAUCCAUGAAGUGGAAAACAAGAUCCAAGAAUUGUCAAUGUAUAACCGACGCUGGGAUUUGUGUAUGUUUGGGUCAGCUAAAGAGGAAGGAGAAAAUGUUUGCCAGGAAACUGUGCCAGAGCUCAAAAGUAAACUACCAAAUAUCAUCUGCAGUGUCCACUGACCUGGUUGCCAAUGAUGGAAUAGACACUACCAGGAUUUUGUCUGGAAAGAAAAAAAGAAAAAAAAAAGUCCCCUCAGGAAUGAGAAUGGGUGCACCAGAGAUGGGCUCCUGAAACAUGGACUUUUUAAGUGCAUGUUUGAGA